GCGGAGCGGGACUGGCAGCUCUCGCGAGACGCGAUACUCCUGGAAGCCGGAAGAGGCGGUGGCAGCGGCGUCGGCGUCAUGUGCGGGGGCUGCGUGGAGACCGAGUACCCGUCCCGGGGUAACACCUGCCUGGAGAACGGAUCUUUCCUGCUCAACUACAUGGGGUGUGUGGAGUGCAACAAGAGGGACUUUGUGCUGAUUGCAAACAGAGCAACGGAGGAGGAGGAUGGAGAAGAAAUCAUCACUUAUGACCAUGUGUGUAAGAACUGUCAUCACAUGAUAGCCAGGCACGAAUAUACAUUCAGCGUGGUGGACGAUUACCAGGAGUACACCAUGCUGUGCCUGCUGUGCGGCAGGGCCGAGGACUCCAUCAGCAUCCUGCCCGACGACCCUCGCCAGGCGGCCCCCUUGUUCUGAAGCUUCGGCCGCCGCCUCGGGGCCGGUUUGCGUCCAGCCUCGCCAGGCCGUUGGCAGAGUGAUGGCGGGUUACAGUCAUUAAACACGUGCCCUGUGUUGUGAA